AUGAAACUCAUUUACCCAUCAAAAGUUAUCAUCACUAAAAGACCUGGUAAUAUCCCUGCUAAAAAACACAAUAAUGUUGUUUACGCAAGGGAAGAUUUUGUUAAUGAUUUAGUAUUUCCUUUAAUAGUUCAAAGUAAAACUCAGGAAAUAUUUGCCAGAGAUGAGGUUAAGAAGUUUGUUUACUAUCAAGGUGGUCGUGUUCCUUUUAAUCAAAAAGAAAUUUCUGCUUUAGAAAAUGUUCUUAAACAGGUUAUGUGUGAUGAUUAUUCAAUAAGAUCAAUGCCAUCUAGUCAUUAA